CAACCCCACGCUGCGAUUCGUCUAGCCUUCCAGAAUCGGGUCUCCGUGACGGCAAAUCUCAACAUGGGAUGCAAAGCCGAAAAAACAUGCUUUCGAUGCUAGAAAGAGAGAGAGAUCUUCCCACCCUCCCCCCUGCUUCUCUAGUGUCCUCGGUUGACGAGCACCUUUUCUAUUUUUUUCCCCAAAUUUUGCACAUGGGCAACUCUGCCCGUCUCCUCCGUAUCGCCAGAGCCGAUACGAAGCUCGGCGACUCUGCCGACACGUGCGAGGAUUGUUGAUAGAGUACCCGCCGCUUAUCAGGUCAUCGCCCUACUGGGUAUUCCGAAAGACAAGGGGGGUCUGCCGCUAGCUUUUCGGUGCCUUCGGGUCAGCAUGGCAGCGAUAGCGACACAAUCUGAGUGAGGCUCAUGAGAGUGUAUGUUCGUUGAAUGACUAAGAUUGUGGAUGCAAGUACCUUGUUGCAACAAGGUCAAGACGAGGUUGAGUGAUGAAACCGUUUCCAAACCAAAAUAUACGCGUCUUAAAGUAUUAAACAAGAAAGACUACACAAUUAGAAUUAGAGCAUUCCCUCCGAUGCCUUGAUAGCAGUCAUGCUGGAAAACUCCAAGCAAGAAGAGAUCCUCGCUCCCCUCAAAAUUAUACCCAAGGCAAAACAGAAACAAAAAAGAUUUAAUCAAAAUAAAAGUAAUAAUCCGCCCAAGUGGGAAAAGCGCCAUCGAAACUCCCGGUCCAUCUACCGUCUAUCCUUCAAGCCUUUUCCUCGUUGCCCGUUGGG